AGAUAUUCCAGCCACCCCCUCUACAAAACCAACUGGUGCAUCCAAGCUAUCCUACCAUUGGUCAGAGGUGCCAACCAAUGAGGAGGCUCCUUGCAACAGGAGCAAGCAUGCGGCCUGUGUUCAUGAUGGAAGCCUGUUCCUGUAUGGAGGACGGGAUGUCAGGGCCACGAGGAAGGAUCUAUGGCAGUGUGAUCUAAGAACAAACCAGUGGUCCAGCGUCCAUACACAGGGCGACGCCCCUUCAAUGCUUCAGGAACAUUCCAUGGUGGCGUACAAGGGUCGGCUGUACCUGUUUGGCGGGUCCCUGGGCUGCAGCGAUGACAGGGAGAAACCGCUUUGGAUCUACGACAUCGAGACUGGAGUCUGGAGAAACCACCUACCGGAGUCUGAAGUCAAGAUCCCCAUUGGUCGACGGAGCCACACAGCUGUAAUAUCCCACAAUUCUAUGCACAUCUAUGGCGGCUACAUUGACCUGAAGGGGUCAUCGGGGGAACUCUGGACUUUUGUGUUUGAAACUGGCCACUGGCACCUCAGCUCUGACGGACAGACCAACCACGUGCCUCUUCCCAGACACUCUCACUCCGCAGUGGUGCAUGAUGGGAACAUGUGGGUGUAUGGAGGGCUGAACAACCUGCACCCUCUGGGGGACCUGUGGAAGUGGAACUUCGAGAAGCGUGCUUGGAGUCGUGUUCGGUUCAGGUCAGGUCCGCCCGAGCUAAGCGGACACAGCGCUGUUAAGGCUGCCCACUGUAUGCUGGUGUUUGGAGGCCAGGACAGUUCUGGAACACUCAGACAGGACAUGUGGAGGUUCAGCUUUGCGAACCAGACGUGGGAUAAGAUCAUCAUCAACAGGAUGUGGCCUUCUCCCCGCACCCAGCUGACCUUCACUUCCCUGGUGACCUUCAACCUCCAGGCCCACGCUGCCACCCCUGCCACCCGGACGUGGUCCGUUCCAUUCUUCCUCGACCACGUGGGGCCGACGCCUGACGACCACCGCCCGCGUACGUCCCCCGCUUCCGUGGAGGAGAAACGCUUCAGGAACCGAAUCCACCCGGUUUUGCGGAACGGCAAAAAACGCGACCUCUCUCCGCAAAGACUCCAUGAGGAGGAAGCGACCAAUCGUGCGAGCCCGUUGGGCUGGUUAAGCGAGAACCCAAACAUCGAUAAUCAGACUCAAAACAUUUGGCAGCCAAAGGAAAAUGCAGUACACGAGGAUUUAGACACUAGAAAGGACUCUAGGAUGGGAGAGACUGAGAAAACAUAUCAGUGUAUGCUGGGAGUGGGAAAGGAUGUGCAGGAACAAGGUAUGGGGGACACUGCUGGACAGGGUAAAGCCCCCUUACCAGGGUUCAUCCGGACUAGCUCUGUGGAGUCGAUUCAGAUCAGUAGUAAACUGCAGUUUUCCCAAACCCCUGAGAUAAUUGUAGACGAGUUUUCACCGAACAGCGGCAGUGAGAGGAACCUACUGGUCCCCAACAUGAAAACAUCGCAGAGCUUUGCUGAGGGGAUUGUGAACAGGAAGAGGAAACCGAAGCAAGAAAAAGUCGGGAUCGAAAAUGCUGCUUUUGUUGGAGCUGAACCAAAACAGAACAUUGAGGACCUACAACUUGAGGACUUGGAAGAUUCAGCUGCCUUGGAUGCAGAAUUCAGUCGUUUCCAUGGCAACAGAAAUUCCCAUGGCAACAGGCAAGAUCUCCAUGGAAACAAGCAAGAUUUUAACAACAUCAGGAAUGACUCUUUUCCAAAGCUAAAUUCCUAUAGAUACAUGCAAAAUUCCACGGAACUGACAAGCCAUGAGAGAGGAAAUGGUCUGUUGCAUGGACAGACAGAAACGACCUUUUCUCCUUCAAGUGAAAAGCAGAGCUUAAACAGCUCUUCACUGCCACCGAGUACAUCAGCUUCGUCUUUGACAGUCUCCUCUUCUGCAGCUGCAAAAGAUUCUCCUACACUAGGAGUUUCUGAAGCCCCGGGUUUCACUCCAGCCUCUGUGUACAAUGACUCGGAAGCAGCCAAUGCUUUUAUGCCCUGUAUGGGAGUGACAAGUAUUGUAGCAUUGGGAGGAAGAACUUCGGGGGUCCAGUACAGCAACAAGCCUCUGUCUGUGUGGAAGUUGGAUGUUACUCCACUUCAGUAGGGCAGAGGUAAGCUGUGAUAGUCACAAAAGAAGGAAUAAGUUCUAAGGAAUUUACAAUUUUAUUCUGUUGAGGCCACACAACUUACACUUAGGCCAAAAAGCAAGU